AUGGAGAAUAUCCGUGGUGCCAUCUUAAACAAUGAGAUGGUUUUGUCUUAUCUUAGAUGUGAGCUUAUGCUUCUUCACACUCAAGCGCCAUAUUCCCAGAUUUUAAAAAUAUAUCUCACCUUCAACAUCAGCCCCGAGCCGACAAUCCCACAAGACCUUUUUAUGAUGAUUCAGGAAACCAUAUCAAGUAGCGUAGAAGAACUUCCACAACCCAACCCAAACCCAAUUAAUCAAACAGUCGUCUCAGACGAUGAUGCAACAAUCGAGCAAAAUUCAGAAGAACUUAAAAAGAUCGAGGCAGCGAUGAUUGAGGAAAAGCGUGAGUUGGAAAAAGAAAAACACAAAACCCGCCGUCCACACACACGGACUUCCACAAAAGACAAAACUGAAGAGAAAAACGCAAUGAAACCGGUCCCUUCAAACACAUCACCAAAAGCGCGAAAAAGACGAACACGAAAAACGACUCAGAAGAGUAAAUUAGAUGAUGUGAAUGAGCAUUUAGUGAGUUUCAUGAAGAGUAGGAGUGUUGGGAUGAUCAAAACUGGUCGAGUGGAGAAACAAGAGAAGGUGCUCAAUGAAGAUAAUGACGCGACUGAAAUUGAAUCAUUUCUGGGGAAUGAAGGGGAUGACAGUACAACGGAAAUAGUUGAACCAACUGCAACACUACAAGUGUCGACAACUCAAAUGGACGAAGAAAACACCAAAACAAUUAAACCAGAAGUUGUUCAAAUGGAAGAGGAAUUGCCACGUAUUGAGAAAGUUGAAACGGUUGAGACCAUUGAAAAAAAUGAUAAUACGAAAAUGGAAGAGGAAGUCAAAGAAGUGCAGAAAACGAAAGUCGAAGGCGAGAACUUGGAGGAAAAUAAAAAAGAAACGGAAACGCCUGUAAUAGAGGCAAAUACCCAAGAAAAUGGACCAAUAGAAAAUGUUGGAUUAAAAAUUAAUUUGCAUUUUAACAACGAAAAUACCAUUCAAAAUACAAAUGAGGAACUCGACAAGAAAGAAGAAAACAACGAGAAACAAGAAAAUGUGAUUGAAAACGAUGAAAUAAAGAAACCAAAAAGAAAGACGUCGCGGAAGAGAUCAUCGAACCUCCCCGCACCCGUCAGAAGAUUACAAUCGAGAAAAAGAAAGACGAGAAAGAGGACAAAGAAGAGUGUUGUUAAAAAGAUGGAUAUAGAAGAAGAAAAUUCAGAAGAGAGUGAAAACAAUGAUGAAGAGGAGGAAGAAGAGAAUGAUACAAGCGAUAUGGAAUCAUCAUCAAGUGAUGAAGAGGAAAAUGAUAAAGAAAGUAAAAAGCAACACAAAAAGGUUAAGAAAGUUGAUGAAACAGCUAUUGAAGAUAAAGAAGAGAAAUUGAAACCUAAGAAACAUCAGAAGAGGAAGCAAAUUGAAGAGGAAAGCAGCGAUGAGGAGAAUGAAGCAAAGAAUAAAAGAAAAUUGAGACUCAGAAGUAGGUCAAUACACCCACUUAUAGACACGGUCGACGAGGUGUCAUACACAACAUGGAAGAGAGGGUACGAGAAAAGAAAAGAGAAGAAAAAAGAUUGA